AAGUCAGGAAUAUGGCAACUCUAAAAGACAUUACCAGGCGUUUGAAGUCCAUCAAGAACAUUCAGAAAAUUACGAAGUCCAUGAAGAUGGUUUCUGCAGCAAAAUAUGCAAGAGCUGAGAGGGAGCUGAAGCCUGCCAGAGUCUAUGGAACAGGAGCGCUGGCUCUCUAUGAGAAAGCAGAAAUAAAGGCACCUGAGGACAAGAAGAAGCACCUCCUUAUUGGUGUGUCCUCUGAUCGAGGUCUGUGUGGUGCUAUUCAUACGUCUAUUGCUAAAACCUUGAAGAAUGAGAUUACCAACCUCUCAAACGCAGGGAAAGAAGUUAUGGUGGUUGGAGUAGGUGACAAGAUCAGAGGCCUACUUCAGAGGACACAUGGCAAUUACCUCCUGCUGACAUUCAAGGAAGUGGGACGGAGACCUCCCAGCUUUGGAGAUGCUUCAAUCAUUGCUUCAGAGUUGUUAAACUCUGGGUAUGAAUUUGAUGAAGGCUCUGUCAUCUACAAUCGGUUCAGGUCAGUCAUCUCCUACAAGACCGAUGAAAAACCCAUCUUCUCCCUUGAAACAGUUGCUGGUUCUGAGAGCCUAAGUAUCUAUGAUGAUAUUGAUGCUGAUGUGCUGAGAAACUACCAGGAAUUUACACUAGCAAAUAUUCUGUACUACUCCCUGAAAGAAUCUACUACCAGCGAGCAGAGUGCUAGGAUGACUGCUAUGGACAACGCUAGCAAGAAUGCUUCUGAGAUGAUUGACAAAUUGACCUUGACAUUCAACCGUACCCGUCAAGCCGUCAUUACCAAGGAGCUUAUUGAGAUCAUCUCUGGUGCUGCUGCUCUGAAUUAAUUGGAAAAAGCGAUUCAGCCAAAUACAAGAGGUGAAGAAGAGUUCUUCUGAGCAUAUGAUUUAACCUGCCUGUGUCUGUGUUAACAAGACUGCUCUGUUAUUUUGUGAAGAAAUGGUAAAGCCCCAGAAAUCUAUAAAUUCUUACAAUAAACCACCUACAUGAAA